AUGAAAGAAAACAUGUCUAAUAAUAGUACAACUAGUAUAUCUCAGGCAAGAAAAUCAGUUGAACAGCUCAAAAUGGAAGCCUGUAUGGACAGGAUAAAGGUAUCCAAGGCAGCAGCUGACUUGAUGGCGUACUGCGAUGCUCACAUUAGAGAAGACCCCCUUAUUCUUCCAGUGCCUGCUUCAGAAAAUCCUUUUCGGGAGAAGAAAUUUUUUUGUACUAUUCUUUGAAUUUGUAUUGUUUUGAAUAUAAAUAGAUAUUAUGCAUGCCAUUUAGAAUAACUGAACUUUUACAGGGUUAUUGACAAUUGAAACUAAUAGUUUCAAUGUUUCUAGAAGCACAACGCAUUUCGCUGAACCUGAGUGACUGUUUGUAUGUAUGUCGCUCAAGAAGAUCCCUUAGUAAUCAUUGCCCUGAGUCAUUUUCAUAAAAUUAGAAGUAGAAGCAUGCAAUUAUACAUAUACUACCAAGUAUUCAGCAAUAGGAAACACAAAAUAUGUUCCUUUUUAAAUACCAGUUUGUAUUUUCAUUUUUUUAGUGUUAAGUAUCAAAAAACAAAUUCAAGUAAAAAUUCAAAACACAAUUCUAUAGGUUUAAAUUCUGACAAUUUGAUCUUAUACUAAGCUAUAGCUACAAGUGUAAAUACACACACAUACAAUUUUUUAAGGUAUUUGUCAUUUUUGUUAAAUUUGUAAUUGCCAAUUUUAGCGUUUCCUUUCCUAGGUAAUCCUUACAGAAUGCAAUGUUAUUCAAUUGUAUGAAAUGUAUCAUUGUACUUUAUUUAUAUUUAUGAAGUUGAACAAAAAAAAAAAGUUUACAAAAAAGAUGGUUUUGAAGUCAUUAUAAAUGUCAUUAUUAUAGGGAUUUUUUUUGUAAAGUCAUAGACUUCUGUAUAAAUAUAUGACUGUAUUUUAAAUGUACAAAUUUAUGGUCUACUUAUUAUAACCGUGCAAGAAAAUAACGUUGUAGUGUUAACACCUCUAGUUUUUUUAUAUCUGCUACCACAUGUAUAAAACACAAAACAGCACUCUGCACUGCUCCUGAGCCACUGGUCUAUAUUUGCUAAGUAGGGUAAUUUCUAGUAAAAAUUAUUAUUCUAUCCAGUCUAUGUAAAUGUUAAGAUACAUCUUUUUACUACUUUUGUUAUUUUAGGAAGUCUGUAAUGUGGAAAAUCAUAAUAGGUUGGUGAGAAAGCUCUAUAAUAUAACAAUCUGUGUGGCUAUAAUCAUUGAAGGAGUUGUAAUAUAUACAUAGCAUUUUUCUGAGGGGGCUCAAAGUGCUUAAAGGAACAUGAAACCCCAAAUUUUUCUUUCACGAUUUAGAUAGAGAAUCCAAUUUUAAACAUGUUUCCAAUUUACUAUUAUCUAAUUUGCUUUAUUCUCUUGAUAUCUUUUGUAAGAAGAAACGGCAAUGUAUUGCUGGGAGCUAGUUAACACAUUUGAUGAGCCAAAAGCAUGAGGCAUAUAUUUGCAGCCACCAAUCUGCAGCUCUCGAGCCUACCUAGUUAUGCUUUUCAACAAAGGAUAUCAAGAGCACAAAACAAAUUAGAUAAUAGAAAUACAUUUGGAAAGCGUUGUUUUUUUAAUCACAUGCUGUGUAUCAAAGAAAAAAUGGUUUCAUGCCCCUUUAAGUGCAGUGUUUUUCAAUUCCAGUUCUGAGGGCAUGCUAACAGGCCAUAUAUUUUUAGGGUAUCUGAACUAGAACACAGUUAAAAUGAUCAGUUAAUAACCUGUUUUCACCCAAAGUAAUUCUCAAAAUCUAACCUGUAAGUGUGGCCUGAGGACCAGAAUUAAGAAACACUGCUUUAGUGCACCGCCAUCAACUUAGCCUAUUAAGGGACAUGAUACAAAAAUGUUGAAGCUCUUGAAAAUGAUGCAGCAUAGCUGUAAAAAGCUGACUAGAAAAUAUCACCUGAACAUCUCUAUGUAAAAAUGGAAGAUAUUUUACCUCAAAUAUUCUAAGUAUUCACACCCCACUGAAAAGAGACUUUAAGCAGCCAAUCAGGAUACUUGUCACAGGACUUGCAAGGAAGUGAACAUCUAAUAUGUGCAGGCACAUUUAUGUUAUUUUCCUAUUCAGUUUAAGUAUGUUUACUAUGAAAUCGCAUAAGAUUUAAGUGAAAUCCCAUGAGAUCACCUCAAAGGUUAAUCAUUACCUCAGCACUGCUGAUUGGCUAUUGUGUUUUUUUUUCUCUUCAAUUUACAGCUGAAGUAUAACUGUUAACAGACCACUUACUCUGGUGAGCUGAAUACAUUUUGAGGUAAAAUACCAUCCCUUUUUAGAUAGAGAUGUUCAGGUGAGAUUGUCUUGUCAUCUUUUUACAGUUAUGCUGCAUCACUUUCAAGACAUUUAGCUUAUGAGUGUUAUGUCCCUUUAGUGGAAGAUAAAAUGAUGGAACAUGUAUUGUGACUAGACAAUUAACUGUGCUGUAAUUUUUUUCAGUGUUUUUCUAUUAUGCCGUUAAUAAUGUUAGUUUAUUUUUUUUGUGCCUGAAAAUAUGAAGUAAAGUUCUUUAAAUGUAAACUGAAACUAAAA